CAUAACACAAUUACAAAUUCAUCACAAAUCAUCUACAACAUCCUUCACCAAGACAGUACUCUUCAAUAUUUUUGUUUCAACCAUUAGAAGUGAAAAGAUGGCCAUCCGCAUGCCUCGGGCCACUCAAGCAAAACAUAUUUUGAGACGAUCUUUCUCAAACGGAAGCAGAAAAUCAACAUUUGUAGACAUUCCAAAAGGCUUUCUUGCCGUUUAUGUUGGGGAACAAGAAAAGAAGCGAUUUGUGGUUCCUAUAUCAUUGUUAGGCCAACCUAUGUUUCAAGAGCUACUGCAACAGGCUGAGGAAGAAUUUGGGUUCGAUCAUCCAAUGGGUGGCCUCACAAUUCCAUGUAGUGAAGACGUAUUCCAUGAUGUUGCUUCUUCUUUGGGCGCAUUAUAAGCUUUACGAAGCAAACUUUGAGAUGGUAGUUUUCUAAACAGCUAACCUAGGACCGUUGAUUAUAGCUGUAAAUAUAGAUAGUCAUACAGAUACUUGUCACUGAUGUAUGAAAUAUGUGAAUUAGUUAAGAACUAUUUCGAGUUCAUUGUAAUUUAAUUAAUUAGUUUGAAUAGAUACUAAUGAAAAACUUAUUAGCAUUACCGA